UAUAUUGAAAUGAAUUUAUUUUGGAUUAAUCUUAGUCUAUUAUUUCGUCAACAAUAUCAUUGGUUACGUUUUUUUAAUACAUCAAUGAAAAUAUGUGUUAUUCUUUGGACAAUUUCUGCAUUAAUAUUGACAACAUUUUAUGGUGGUUUUAUUUCAUCAAUAUUAACUAUACCAAUAAAUACUGGUAUAACAAGUAUUUAUAGAUUGGCCGAAGAAUGUGAAUCACAUAAUAUUAUACCGUUAAUUCAAGGAAACAAAAAUACAGUUCGCCGUUUUAAUAGUUCUGAAAUUGAUGUAAUGCAAACAAUAUGGCGUAAUGUACAAUUGGUAAACAAUACGGAAGAAGAAUUACGAAAAAUUGCAUCAAAUUCUAUGGAAAAUAAUAAUAGAUUUGCAAUGAUUACUGCUCGUGAAACAUUAAGAUAUUUUCGUUUUCUAUUGGGUGAUGGUUCGAUUUAUAUGCCACCAGAUGAUGAAACAUCUUCAUUCUAUCCAUUAUUGGUUUCAAUACCGGUACGAUUAUCAUUUGAAUAUGAUCGUAAACCAUUUAAUGAAUUAAUAAUGCAUAUACAAGGAGCUGGUCUAUUAAAACGAUGGAUGUAUCUAGAAUUAAUUCGUGUACGAAAUCUUUAUGAACCGAUUCAAUUAUUGAUUGAUACACAU